AUGGAGAUCAUCCAAGGCUAUCUCCAGAGGCGAGGAGUGAAGAGGAGCCGGGAUGUUUGCCAACUCCAGCUCCCCUCAAAAAAACUCACCAGUGUCCCUGAUGUGUCAAGAUUUGCCUUUCUGAGACAGCUGUGGCUGAACAAUAACAAGAUCCGAGAGCUCAACUGUGGUUCGCUCAACUGCUGCUUGACUGAACUUUACCUUCACCACAACGGCAUCAAGUCUGUGAAAGGUGCCCUGAACCAUCUGACCUGCCUCAGAGUCCUGUUUCUCCACAACAACCAGAUCAGAGGCCUGCCGGAGACGAUGCAUGAGCUGAGGAGGAUGCAGCAGCUGCGGAACGCCACUUUUUUCCUAAACCCCAUUUCUCAUGAACCCGGGUAUCGCAGCCAUGUGAUCCACUGCCUGCCGUCCAUCCAGAUCUUAGACAGGAAAGAGUUGAAACCGUCAGAGAGGAGAAGGUCCUUCCAGAUUUUCAACCAGGAUCGCCAUCGCCUGCUCCAGUCUGUGGCCUUCGGCAGACGGAUAAACGAGCCCGCCAAGAGAGACAAGAGAUGA